AAGAAUUGCAGGUUUCAUCGACGACUCCCGGAUUAUCGCCAUUCACUGCCAGACCGCGGCUUCUCUGGCGUGGUUGUCUGCUUUCACAAGGAUGGCCACUUGAGGGCGUAUGUUUUACCACGAACAUUCUCCCUUUACCUUCCCCUAUGGUCGACGGCUCAGUCCAGGACCUCACACUGGCUUUAGAAAUGACGCGACAUCAGCCUCUACAUAUUCGCGAUAGAUUGAACUUAAAUAUGGAAAAAUGGACGAUUGAGAAUACAAAUAUUCGGGUUUGGAUUGAUCCACGUGCUAUUAUGACCGUAAAAUGGAUUGAACGCAUCUUCGGUAAUCCUUUGUCUUCAAGUACGCAUCUACACGCUGUUAUAGUUUCUAUAGAUGAUAUAGCGGAGGAUCCAGAUCCUUCGAAUGAGUUUAUAAUUUUUCAUGACACAGUAAACGAAAGUUUAAACAUCGGACGGCGGAGAAAACGUGAAAAGGAGAAGGCUAAUGUAGCCAGACCUGAUGAUCCUUUGCCCAGGACUAUCGUACCUGCACAACCAAAGCUUGCACCGUUAGACAGAUUAAAUGUUCGUAAAUCCUCCAGCGAGCUCUCAAGGUUAUUCCCUACUCGACCAUCUUCGUCAAGGCAAUCCUCAUCCGAUAAGGACAAAUUACAAAUGAAACCACCAGAAAUGAAGCGCAAACGAAGCUCACUUGUCCCAAACACAUCAUCAAUAUCGAUUGAGUCACGAGCCGCUUCACCAGCAUCCAGUGAUAACAGUGUAUUUGGCACACCUACCAAUAAUCAAACUGAAACAAUAAACAAAUCAUCAAUAAAAAAGCAGAUGAUAGCAACAUUUGCAAAUUACAAUAUUACAAGAUCACAUCCUGAGUUUAAUGAUUUGUGGUCAAUAUGCAACAAAGGAGUCGCAUUUGCAUUAAGGCAUAAAAUAAACAUGGAUAUUAUCGAACGGCAGCAAAUUGACAGCAUUGUUCUUCAGCAUUU